CAUCGCGUUUAGUUAAUUUUUAAAUUACAACUCGCGUUUAGUAGGAAAUUUUGAGUGUGCCUAAAUAAUAAAUUUCACACAAACAAAUUUAUAAAUUCUCUCUUUUGGAAACUCGAAUCGUGACAAAAUAAAUCGUGCAACGUUUGGCAAAGUGUAAAAUUAAAUUAGAAAAACGUGUCACAACCGCAAACAUACAAAUACAGACAUAAGUAUACACAUACAUACAUACAUAUGAAAAUACAAAAAUUGUGCAUUCAACAAAGAAAUUUUACUGCUUGCGCAUUAAUAAUUGCAAAAAAAAAAUUCAUAACACGCGUGUUUCUUAAAUAAAACCCAACAACAAAAAAAAAACAAAGUGUGCAAUAAAUUCUUUGAAAAUCAAAAAAUCAAAUCGAAUUAAAAACCCCAAGAACUUUACAAGUUAAAAGUGUGGCUAGUGAAUUUUCAUUUAUCAAGCCAUUCAAAAUCUAAUCUAAGAAUUGCUUUUAAACCGCAAAAUUUUAAUUAAAUAAAUCAAAACAAUUUUUUGUAAUCAAAUCUUAAAAACCCACAAAAAACAAAAACAGCUUCAAAAUGAGUCUGUGUGAUGUCAGCGCCAUUACUAUUCAACAAACGCCCCAACAGCAACAUCAGAGUACACAAAGCAUAGCCGAUUAUUUGGCCCAAUUGCUGAAGGAUCGCAAACAAAUGGCAGCAUUUCCAAAUGUCUUCAAUCAUGUAGAACGUCUACUCGAUGAAGGUGAGUGUGCUUAUAAUAUCAAUAAAUACCGCUAAUAACACAUAAACAAUGGAACAGAAGCAGCGCCUAUGAUAACAAAUGAGCAAAUCAGCCGUCGGUGUCAUAAUCUCUUUGAUAAGGCGAUCAAUAGCCGAUGCCGACAUGUCUACACA